AUGAUUGCUGGUGGAAAAAAUAUAUUAACAAAUGAUUAUUUAAAAUCAACAUUAUGUGAUAGAUGUAAUGUUUUAUGUUUUGAUUCUGAAAUUGAUCAAGUUAUUGCAGCUAUACAAGGAAAUCGUACAGAAUCAUUUAUGAUUAUACGUGGAGUAUCGGAUUAUCAUGAUGGAACUUUAAAUAAAGAAUGGCAACCAUUUUCAUCAUUAUGUGCAGCUGCUUUUAUGAAAACAAUUAUUUAUAAAAUACCAAAACCGUCCAGACAAAAGCCAAAUUCACAUUCAAAUAGCGAACAUGAUGAUGAUAUACUUUAA